UGGCAUACAUGAUCUCAGCCAACAUGGACCAAGGUUCGCUGGACUUUGAGAUAGAAGCAGCAAUCAGCAAGGUUUAUGCAUCUGAAGCAGCCUGGGCGUGCACAGACGAAGCUAUUCAGAUCCUAGGAGGUAUGGGUUACAUGAAGGAAUGCGGCUUGGAGAGAGUCAUGAGAGAUAUACGAAUAUUCCGCAUCUUUGAGGGAACCAAUGAUAUCCUUCGACUACUCAUUGCAGGACAGGGACUGAGGUAUGCUGGUCAGUUUAUGAAGGCUCUACAGAACCCUGCUGCUAACAUUGGAGCCGUGGCUGCAUUCGCCUCCAAGAGGGCAAAGAAGAGUCUUGGUCUGAGCACUGGGGUCUCUCUGGCAGAGUUUGCCCACCCCACCUUGAAACAGGCCGCCGCCCAGACCUCAGCCGCAGUUGAAGCCUUUGGAUUUGCCACAGAAGAUUGCCUGAUGAAGCAUGGGAAGAAUUUAGCAGCGGAACAAUUCCUGCUGAAGCGUAUAGCAGAUGCUGCCAUAGAUGUGUAUGCCAUGGUUGUCACACUGUCCAGAGCCUCCAGAGCAUUAGAACAGAACUCUCCUACAGCAGCUUACGAGGCUCUCAUGUGCUCCACUUACUGUGAUGAGGCUUUAGACAGAGUGAAGAUUGCCCUAGCCGUCUCCUCGCGCCAACGACAACUGUUCAAAAACUACGCCGCCAUCUCUAACGAAGUCAUCAACCACGGGGGAGCUCAACAGCAGAAUCCACUCGGCUUUUAAACUCCAAACACGACCAGAUGAAAGAAACAUUACAAAAUAGCAAACAGAGGAUUAUGUAUCGGAUAUUUUUAACGAGUCUUAUUGGACAGCAUUCAUUGAACAUUCGGGUUAAUUUAUUAUUGAAAUGGCACUUGUAUAUUAUCGCGUUCGUGUGAAUUUCGUAUUU